UGCGACUUCGCCUGCCUGCCUGCCUGCCCAUCUCCACACUCAAGACUUCCACCGCAUCGCCCUUGCGCCUCCAGUCGCACCCACCGCCGCUCUCUCAGCUCCUCCAAGCGUACCAUUGCGCUUCUUUUGUACACCCUGACCUGACGUCACUGUAUCAGAACGUCGAUCUUGCCUGGCUAACAGAAGCACGCACCGGAAGAAGACAUCGUCCUCUGCACCGCCUCACCGUUUCGCAUCGGCUCGCACUUGCGCACUUUCUCUUCAUAUAGCUUCCGUGAAGAUGGCAUCAGCAGCAGGAGCAGGCGCUUCUUCGCGCUUCGGCGCAUUCAUGAACCAUCCCGCUGGCCCAAAGACUGUCUUUUUUUGGGCACCGAUCAUGAAAUGGGGAUUGGUGAUUGCAGGAUUGAAAGAUCUGAACCGUCCAGCGGAUAAGCUGUCCCUGUUCCAGAAUGCAGCCUUGGCAGCCACGGGCAUGAUCUGGGUGCGAUACUCCCUCGUCAUCACACCCGUCAACUACUCUUUGGCCGCCGUCAACUUUUUUGUGGGGACGACGGGCAUUGCGCAGCUAUACAGGAUCUGGGACUAUCGACGCACACAAGGUCAGCCGGCUUCUAUUUUGGACGCAGCCAAGGAUCUGCAACAGGAUGCCAAGUCCAAAUUGGAGCAAACUCGCAAGUUGUAGGUAUGCAUGCUUGGACGGUGGCCGCUCAAGCCCGAUGCAGAUCCAUCAACAUCUUCUCUUCGACUUGGACUCUGCCCCAUCACGUAUCAUACAUGCCUUUCACGCAAUCGAUCUCGUCGCUCGAUGACAACGUGACUUCUCACGUCUUCAACCCAUCACAUGCGCAGAGCAUCAAAGCGACAGGUCCCGACGAUGAACAAAUAGCUCUGGACCAAAGCACAAGCUGUCCGAGCAAUCAAUUGCGUCCC